CUCAUUUUGGUUGGCUGACAGGUUCAAGACUUGGCGACCAUUGAACGGGAAGAAAAUACAUUGAAACAAUCUAGCUCUUCCGAAGAAGUGGAUGGGAAACAAAGGAGUACUUGGCUAUCGGUUUUAAGCUCAUCGUAUGUCCUUAAUCUCGCUCUUGCUAUUCAGAUUUCCACACGUUCCUCUACACAACUUCGGCACACAAUACAUCAGCGUAAGUGAUACUUGUUCAAGCCAUAGAUAUCCUGUCACAAUUCCUACAAGAUCAAAGGUUCUUUGAAUGACUGAGUCGUCAAAAUGUGUCCAGUAUUUCAAAGGAGAUCCUUUAGAUGAGUUGACUUCAUCAUCACCAUGUUUACCUCCUCUACAACCUUCACGAACACACAAGGUGUUCUUUCGUUGUGACAGUAACCCUGUAAAGCCACCUAUACCAUAUCCUGAUGACUAUCAGGAUAAGUGGAACGGAUUGUUUGUUCGUAUGCCAUGUUCUCCUGAAAGCGUUUAUCCGGUUUAUGAAGGUGGUGCUAAUAGCCUUAUUUCUAGAUGGGUCGUGAUUGAAAAGGCAUUGAGAAAUAAGAUAAAAUCUUCUGACGAGUUGAAGCCUAUUCCUUUACUAUCAUGCCGAAAAGAAUGCGCACUUACUUUAAGUCAACUCCAGAUAGCCAGUCUUUUGGCAAAUGCUUUGUUUUGUACAUUUCCUAGACGUAAUUGUCACAGUCAAGAUGCAGAAUAUGUUAAUUUCCCUCAGAUCAAUUUCUCUCAUUUACUGUCAGCAAAAGCCGACAGUAAAUAUGAUACAAGCAGGACACUCCAUGUCAAAAUUGAAAAGCUACGUUGCAUCUUACACUAUUUUCAUCGUGUUCUUCAAAAGUUUCCUACGGGAUCAGUUACAUUUACAAGACGCUGUCUAGGUAAUUUGUCACCAGAUUGGAUGAGGAGCGAAUUAACAUUUGAUCAGUUGCGUUUACAUGUCAAUGCCACAGGAUCAAUUACUGAUGCUGGUCCAAACACCUUACAAGUUGAUUUCGCCAACAGUUAUCUCGGUGGUGGUGUUUUAAAUAGUGGAUGUGUACAAGAAGAAAUUAUGUUUGCUUUACGACCAGAAUUGUUGGUCAGUUGCUUAUUUGUCGAGCGUCUGGGGUUUGAUGAGACACUUAUUAUUGAAGGUGCUGAACAGUAUUCCGUAGGUUCUGGCUAUGCUGAUGAUUUCUGUUGGGCUGGAGAUUUUAUUCAUUCGGAUAGUGGGAUGAAACGCGAUAACUGGGGGAGAUGGAAUUAUGCAGUAGUAGCAAUGGAUGCUACUAAAUACAGUAAUCCUAUGGAACAGUAUAAUGUCGAGGAAAUGCUAAGAGAAUUAAAUAAGGCAUAUUGUGGAUUUACCGACGAGUUAUUUCCUGAAAGAAAACUACCUCCAGUUGUAGCUACUGGGAAUUGGGGAUGUGGUGCUUUUAGAGGUGAUGUAGAACUGAAAUGUAUACUUCAAAUGAUGGCAUGCCUUCAAGCUAAAAAGUCACUGGCAUAUUUUACUUUUGGUGAUAAAGGGUUUUGUGAUAGAAUCUAUGCAAUGUAUACGUUGCUUUCUUCUGAAAAAGUAACUGUAGGACGAUUAUGGCAAAUACUAAUUGAGCAUGCUGGACAUGACUUGAUGAAAAAUCAAUCUGUAUUUGAUCUUAUUUCUCAAACAUUGAAGUAAACGUAAAUCAUUGAUACAUAUGUAAAAUACCACUAACUUUUAUGUCAAACCUCUUUUUUAUUUGCCUUUUCACGAAUUUGGUAGCUACAAUUUCACUACUUUCGCUUUGCAACUUGUACAAAACACAAGGAAAAAAUAAAUAAAUAAACUCCAAGUAAUCGUUUUGCCUGUA